UUGGACUUAUUCAAGUAUGUUCAGUUUACUCAAGGACUGAUAUCGGAAGCUUCCUCUCUAUAUAAGAUCUUGGACAGGAUCAGCUUUCUUUCACAAGGCUGUCUUCUUACUGGAAGCCUCAUAAUUCUGCAAGAAUGAAAACCUUCUUGGCCUGCCUUCUUGUUCUUUCUGUUAGCGUGACAGCGUCCAAUGCUUCCUGCUAUGUUCUGCCAUUGAAUCCAGUGAAGCGUGGUGAUGAGAUUAUAGGCAGCUAUGACAUGAAGGGAGAGCCACAUGAAUUCAAUUCUCAAUGGAAGACUGAAGACUGCUUAGAGUGCUCCUGUUCAAAGUUUGGGAUCAGCUGCUGCACCACCUAUGCAAGACCAGUUAAUUUUGACGAAGAGAAAUGCGUAAGCAUAUUCAACAAUACUGCCUGUGCUUAUGAAGUAGUGGAGAAAGCCGAUCACUCAAAAACAUGCGAAGUACAUGAGUGGGUGGGCUAACAAAGGAGAGGCAUGGAUUUGGGGAAGAUAUCCUCUUUUCAUUUCAAGGGUUCUCUCUCACAAAUUUUAAAAAAAGCUGAAGAAUGCAACCGUAGAGUAAAGUCUACUCAGAAGAUUCCUAACUGAUAAAACAGAACCUAAGCACAUAAGAUUCCCUCCGUUUCUCUGCCUUCUGCUUCUCUGUGCGCAAAAACUAAUUUAUUACUUCCUAGAUAUCCAGAAUUAAAGCUGACCUUAAGCAUCAGCAGCAGCUGAUGAUUUUAAUUUUUCUUUCAUUGCACUUCAGUGCCAAGGAGUACAUUCUGUUACCCACACACAGCUAUAUUUUAAGGCUAAAAGUAAAGCUAGAUGAAGCAC